AUGUUGCGUCUCUGCCGUGUGUCACUGCGUGUCCAGUCACACCAGAAGAAGCGCGCACAGCACCCCAACGCCGGCACACGGUUUGGACGUGUGUACAAUCGCGGUUUCAUUCGGUACGGCUUCGGUGGUUUCGGCAUGAGCGUCUACACGCCCAAAAAGGACCGCCGAUUUCGCGUUCAGCCACUUCCUUCUUUACAUGCAAAUUCAUUGGCUGAUGAUACUCCUCUAGUGACAACGACGCGAACGUUGUCUCCAAACUUCCGUGCCUUUGCAUUGCAGGAUGGCGGGGUUUUCUUUACCCACCCGUCACAUGAGCAAGUGAUGCGCGUGGGGCAAAACAUACUGGCGGAAGAGACGAAGGCCACCGGUAUGACGUCCAUGGACACUUACGUAAACUCACGUAUUCAAUCCAUCAUAGCGGAAAACACUGUCGAGAAUGUUGCUCUGAGUCACUGGCGGAGGCGGCACAUGUGGAAUCUAGUAAGGACGCACGGCAAGUUACAGCGGCACUGGGGUGUGUCGGAUGCGACUAAAGGGGCGCGGUCGAAUAUAUACGGAAGGCCCUCAUAG